AUGGCCUACAACCGUACCGAAACCAGCCCGGGGGGCCAGCCCUUCUCCCCAGACACGGCCAUGCUUGAAGCGCUGGUACCGGGAUACACCCUCAUUGCUCGUUUUUUUCUAUCCUAUCUCCAGCUCGAUCUUUCCUUCUACCUCCAGAUAAUGGUCGGACUAGCCGUCUUCAGCGCGUCGAUCCGCUACAGCAUCAAUCAGCUCUCGGGCCUGUUCAAGGAGUACCUCGUAUCAACGGCCGAGAUCCGGCUCGACGAUGAGAUCUUCAUGUAUUUUAUGUACUGGAUGUCGCGACAGCCGCACAUGAAGCGGACAAACCGGUUCGUAGCCGGUGUGAAAAUGAGCGGCUACUACGACAGCGACAGCGACGACGACGAAGACGACGGGUUCGGUGAUAAAUUCUCAGAUGAUGAAGACGAUGACUCUCGACCAUCACCCGCUUCCCGAUCGUUCGAUGACUACUGGGCCAAGGUCAUCAGUCGGGAUAAGUACAAACAGCUUCGCUUUACUCCGGCUCAGGGGCGGCAUAUCUUCUGGUACCAGGGCCAGCCGAUCAUGCUCGAGCGGAGACACCAGUCCGAGACCACGCGGUGGGUGUUGAAUAAUGAGAAGGUCUAUCUAUCGUGUCUCGGCCGCAACCCUGCGGUGCUGAAAAAGAUGCUUGCCGACGCGCAGCAGGCCUACGUCGAGCGCGAUGGUAACCGCACCAUCAUCUACCGCGGCCAGCGGUAUAACUCCGGCAACUCGUUUAACUGGGUCCGGUGCAUGGCGCGCGCGCCGCGCCCGCUGUCAACUGUUGUUCUGGAGCAGGAGCAGAAACAGGCUUUCAUCGAUGACAUCAAGGAAUACCUGCACCCACGUACUCGCCGCUGGUAUUCUAACCGUGGGAUUCCCUAUCGCCGCGGAUAUCUUCUCCAUGGUCCGCCUGGCACGGGGAAGACGAGUCUCUGCUUCGCUGCGGCGGGUCUGUUGGGCUUGAGGCUCUAUCUCCUCAACUUGAACUCCAGAGCCCUCGAUGAAGACAGCUUGAUGUCCUUGUUUGCAGAACUACCGCGACGGUGUAUUGUCCUGCUGGAGGAUGUCGAUACCGCAGGAAUCACCCACAGCCGGGGCAAGACGGCUACUGCCAAAGACCCCUCCAACGCCGACGAUCAGCAACGCCCUCCCGAUGAAUUGAUCAACCCAGAGCUCUCCAGUGAUGAGACCGAAAAAGACGGCAUUACACUCUCCGGUCUGUUGAACGUCAUCGACGGCGUCGCUGCCAGCGAAGGCCGGAUUCUGGUCAUGACCACCAAUCACGAAGAUAAGCUGGAUGCAGCGCUGCUGCGGCCAGGUCGAGUUGACAUGAGCAUUGCGUUUGGCUUCACCAGCCGCGCCGAUAUCGAAGAGCUCUUCGGCUCUAUUUACAUAACCAUGGAGCGUGAUCUUCCACGCAUGUCCCCGGCUCGACGUCUGAGCAAUAGCUCAACCAAGUCUGCAUCGACCUCGAGUGACACAGUGGUGGUGGAGAGGCCAGAGCCCAAGAAGGAAUUUAAUGACAAAGAGAAAGAGGACCAAAAAGAAAGGGCAAGCAGGGAGCUCCAGCGACGUCUCGAAUCCUUGCGCGCUCGUAUCAGCGUCCUGGCGUCGGAAUUUGCCUCCAUCAUUCCCGACGGCGAGUUCACCGCCGCUGAGAUCCAGGGGUACCUUCUUAAUCACAAAGGUAUGCCUGAAGAGGCAAUUUCGGGUGCUGAGGCCUGGGUACAGAGUGUGCGAGAGAAAAGGCGCACGCGGGAGGAAAAACCGGUGUAG